UCAUGUUCUGAUUCCCAAACGCCCACCACUACCCAGCUCGCCGUCAGAGAGUGCCCUUUGGAAGUAGCGCAGAGUUUGUGUUUACUUUAUCGGCAUAACCUCCAGCGUUAGGGUCGUCCCAUCUCUGCCCUUGUGUCAAAACCGGCUUCCCCUCCCCCGGGUUCUGGCGCUGGAAAAGCUGAUUCUCUCUCAAAUCAACGACGUGUUGAACGGAUCAAGGUCCCACCAGUCAAUCGCCACCUGCUUUAAACUUUUUUGGUGGUGCCAUCGUUCUACAUGAGUUUGAAGACUCAUCACCAUGUCGCUCAUCCUCCCUUCACUACAAUUGGUCUUCAUUUGGAUGAUCACCAUGAAUGGGUCUCCUUCUGCUUCAGCGGUAGAAAUGGGUAAUCUGUCUUUCUCGAUUCGCAACAUGAGCUGGUUGUUUUAUAACGAAAACCACAUGACUUGUACCUGGGAUGUUGUUGGGACAGCACCACCAGAGACACAGUACUGUUUGUCCUAUGGGUUAGGAAACCAAGUGCAUUUCGCUCCUUGUCACAAGAUUGAACUGGGAAAAGUUGCUUGUCAUGUUCACAGCUUUAAGGAGUAUCCCUUCGACUCAAUCUCAUUUUGUGCCAUAGGUUCCAGUCAACAAUCAAACGCUACUCACUGCAGAGAUAUUGUACCAGUACUGUACUAUAAAGUCAGCCGCCCCGUUAAUGUCACAGUGAACGGAAGUGAAGUGGUAUGGGAGCCACCAAUUGGCAAACAUCCUUCAGGAAGAUUUAAUUAUCAAAUACAGGUUAAAGAUUUGCGCAGCAAAGGGACAAAGGUUGAAGAUCUGCAUCUGGCAAAAUGGGCCAUCAAAGAUCUGACUAGAAACUAUGCUGUGCAAGUGAGAGCGAGAAUUGAGCACUUUCUUGAACAAGAAGCGAAGGAUUUUGUAUGGAGUGACUGGACUGAUUCUGUCACUACAGGAGAAGAACAGGCAAUUUCCACAACUUUGAAAAGCUUUAUCGUGACCAUAGUUAUUAUAUUUCUGUUGGUGGUCCUGCUGAUGUUCAUUUAUAUAAGGUGCAAGACACUGAGAUGUCUGGGUCAACAAAUUCCUGAACCGAAACAGAAAUUUCAUGGUCUGUUUGAAAAUUAUAAUGGAGAUUUUCAGAAAUGGAUUAAUGCCUCUCACCCGGAGACAAUGGAUCCCAAAGAAUGUGACAUAGCUAUUGUUGAAGAUUAGAAUCUCGAAUGUUGGAAUGUUGG